AUAUUGUUUUUUCCUUAUUUUAAGUGCGAAGGUAGCAGGACAUAUUUUCGUUUAGAAAACCGAAUUCUAUAUAUUUAUGAAAGGAAAUUGAAAAAUCUUAAAAAUUAAUCUAUAAAUACUUUAUUCGAGAUAUUAAUAUUAAGAACUUUAGAGGUAUAUUGCUUUUAUAUCGACAGGUAAUAAUGAAAAUGUUUUUCAAAUUAUUCAUGAGAAAACUAUUUGUAGUUAUUGCGUCAUUCCCCUUAAUAAGUUGUAAAAAAAAUUCAUAGAAUACGAAAAUUGAUGUUUAUAAUAGAUUAUUACUUGUGCAAUAUUUUUUAGGUUGUAAAAAGACUUAGCCUAAGAAGUUAUAAUUGGUGUGUAGGAUAAAAUAGCUAAUUGAGUUGAGUACUUUUCACUUCAAGAGUGCCUUGAAUCACACUAGAUGGCAUGCUUUUUAUGUUUUAGGUAGUUUUGUAGUUUUAUUAUAAGUAUUGAGUAGAUAAUUUUGUUAGACCUAUGAACUUUGUUUGUUUUGAGCUGGUUAACAUUUGAAUUAUCUCUUUUAUUAGUGUCUAGUCUAAAUCUACGAAUUCAGCAUGAGCUCAAAUGAAUCGGAUUCAGAUGAUAUGGAUUAUUAUGAAAAUACAGAGACAGAAUUUGAAACUGAGAUUGCUCAUACAGUUAUGUGGAAUAAAUGGAAGAUAAAACAUCAAACUGAUAGAGAGGAUUAUGAAAAGAAUCAUAAUAAAAACGAGGACAAAGAAAAUACAAUUUUCUCUCUUGAUCUGAGUUUUCAUGUUUUGUCGUCAGAGUUGUUAAGUAUUGUUCAAGAUGAUUCCGAUGGUAAAAUUCAAGUGGAAGCUGUUGAUUAUAACGUUUAUUUUUGGCAAGUAAAGCUAAGUAAUUUCUCCGGUUUAAUACAGGAAGAUAUUAAAAAUUUAAAUUCAAAAUGGAGAUACGAUUACAUUGAAAUGGAAUUAAAGUUUGCUUUUGGUUUGUCUCCAUUCUAUCCCCCUAUUAUAAAUAUCAAGAGACCAAAGCUAAAAAAUGCGGUCUAUCAGUUAAUUAGCAAUUUAGAAAUUUUACAAUUGAAACAUUGGAAUCCAGCUAAACCUAUGAGAGAUGUUAUACUUUACAUACAUUCCCUAUUAAAUGCUGUAGGGCGAAUUGAUUUAGAGGAUAAAAGAAACGACUCGAAUGAAUAUCCUGAUGGAGCAUAUUUACAAAUUGAAAGACUAUUAACUAACUUAUCCUCUAUAUCAGAAAUAGAUCCUAGAGUCAAAAAUGAAUUGAAGGCGAAACUGCCUCCCUAUCAAUUGUACAUUAACCCUUUUGCAUCAAAUAAUCCAUCAAGAGCUGAUAAUUGUGGAAAGCCGAAUUUUCCAAAUGGGACUGGUUUUAGCUCCUGCACAGAUAGAUCCUGGAACAUAGAUGCCUAUUUCAUUGCUAAGGAAAAGAGAAUAAAAGAAGCUAAUGAUGUUUUGAAGAAACUUAUAAACGAAAUGGAGAGAUAUAAAGGAAAUACGUCAGGUCCAAAUGAAAUCUUUAUUGUAAAAGAUAAUCUUGAAAAAUCUGCUCUUAUUCCAUUUCUUGAUUUCUAUCUCCAUAAUGCCACAUCGCCUACUGAAAUGGACCAAAACGAAAAAAUAAUGAAAAACGUGCUCAUGCUUGUUCAGCAUAUUGGCAGUAAUGAUAUAUGGCGAAAACUUCUCAUCAUUAGCGAUGGUCAAUCUUCUAUUUUGAACAGAUUACAAAUUUUACAUAAUUUAUAUCAAAAAUCAAAAUCAUUCGCUAUGUUUGAUGGUGGACUUUUGUCCGAAUUUGCUUUACUUUAUUCAAAAUUAAAUUCUGAAAUUGAACAAGAAGCUCAAACAUUAACUUCAACAUCUGAGACGACACUUAAGACUACAGAAGAAGCUUAUAUUGCUGCUCUUAGACAAGAGGUCUUUUGCUCCUGUCAUAUACCUAGUAAUAACACUAUGGGAUCAAAUGAUUCUCACAAAAAGUUAUCGUCCUAUUCAGUUGCAGGGACCAAACGAAUCUGCCAUGAAUUAUCUUCUCUUGAAGAAAGUCUUCCAUUGCACUUUUCUACUUCUAUAUUUGUGAGGGUAGAUGAUGAACAAUUUGGAACUUUGCGCGCACUAAUAACAGGACCAGCUAAUACACCGUAUGAAAAUGGUUGUUACAUGUUCGAUAUAAUUUUUCCAAACGAUUAUCCAUCUAAUCCACCUUAUGUGAAUUUUUUGACAACGGGAAAUGGUACAGUCAGAUUCAAUCCUAACCUAUAUGUUACUGGGAAAGUUUGUUUAUCACUUCUCGGAACUUGGUCAGGUGAACAAUGGGAUAAAAGAACUUCAACUCUCUUACAAGUGCUACUCUCUAUUCAGUCGCUUAUUUUUGUUGAGGAACCAUAUUUUAAUGAACCUGGUUAUCAGUUUAAAAUGGGAACCAGUGAAGGUAAACAAGAGUCUGAUAUAUAUAACAGGAAAGUUCUUUUUAACAACUUGAAAUGGGGAAUUCUUAACAACUUAAAAAAUCCGAAUGAAAUUUUUAAAUCGGCAAUGCUGACUCAUUUCUAUCAUAAACGAAAUCACAUCAUCAACCAAUUUAAACCCUAUGCUAAUGUAAACGAUUGGACUAAUUUAAUUAGCGAACUCAAUAAAGAACUUGAAAAUCUUAAGAUUUAA